CUGUCACAGUCGAAAUAUGACGCCCUGGCGGAGUCGACCAUGGAGGAGUUGCUGGAUCGACUGGAGAACCUUUUGGACGAAGUCGACGACCCCGAUUACGAGGUAGAAUAUAGUAGUGGGGUGCUGACUCUGAAACUGGGACCGCAUGGGACAUAUGUCAUAAACAAGCAGCCUCCGAACAAGCAAAUAUGGCUAUCCUCACCGCUUAGCGGGCCAAAGCGCUACGAUUACGCGAAGGACGAGUCGAGCGGUCAGACUGAUGACUGGAUAUAUCGGCGGGAUGGUCGCACCAUGGGAUCGCUGCUGAACGAGGAACUGAGCAACGUCUUUGGACGUGGCAUUGAUCUGGGCAUACGAGAGAUUUCCAAGUUACGGGUGUAG